GCCCAUUCCAUUCGUACUCUUACCUACAGAUAAUGUUAUUUCCAAGAUGGCGACCGAUCGACUGAGACUCUAACACAACGCGCUUUCAGUUUCAUUACUUGAAAUGUGAAUUCUGCUCGUCAGGCUAGACAGAGCAACAUGCAGGAACAUAUCUUAGCCGUGGUGUUGUCUACGAUAAUUUCAUCAACGUGGGUUGCAUCAACUACUUUGGCAGCGACCACGUCGUAUGUUGAUUCGACAACACCGCAGCAAAAUUCAUUGCCUGCUGGCACAGUGGAUUAUGGUAAUAAUGGCAAUGAAUACAACUCAACAUAUCCACAAGAUAACGAUGUUAGCGGCAAUGAUACUACGGUAACCAUGAAAUCAGUUACAACGAAUUAUACCGGCGUCAACAACAUAACGACACCCUUUCCAGGAACGAAUAUGCGACAGUAUGUAAAUGAGUCACAUACCACCAACACAACGCUUAUAACUCCCGAAUUUAUAUUAAACCAGACAGCUACAGAUGAACAAAUUACGAUGAAAGGGAAUAUGAACAAUACUGUAACUGGGUCUUCUGCUGUGACGUCCUCGGUCACCACCCAACCAUCUCCCGGGACGACACCGAACGCUGCGCUGUUAACACCGUCCGCCCACAGUCAGACCGCCCCCAACAACAUAACGACAAUUGCGCCUACCUCUUCUGUCUUAACAACUGUUGCCACGACAACGCUGACCACAAAACAAACGACAUUACAAGAGAAGAUAAAAACAACAACCAGUGCCGUGACCUCAGCUGCGGCAUCGAAUGAAAUAAACAAGACAAUUGAUGUACAACACAUUUUUGUACCAGGCUCAGGAUGGACAGGAGUUUAUAUAUACGAUAACCAGGAAGUUCCAUUCCAUAUGGGCUUUAUCUCUAACCACAACAACCAGAUACUGACGGCCAGAAUAAAUGACGGGAAGGCGAUCAUUUCUAUGUCUGGAGAAUAUUCAUCAACAUCGCAUACGUUAAUAUUCAGUGUAGAUGAUAUCAUUUUAUCCAGAUAUGAUAUGCCAAGGUUUGACAAAGAUACGUGGUCAAUGAUUGGUGUAAUAAGCGUGGUCACAUAUCCUAUGUAUUUAUAUUCUGGUCACAUGACAGGACAUGGAUUUGGCAAUUUCCAUAUGCAACUCGAUUUAGGAAGUCAGAAAGUCUCCGAUGGAUUGAACGCUACGCCAGUACCGGCCUCCCACAGACAUGACCUGCCGGUUAGCAUGUACAUAGUUCUUGGCGUACUCGUCCCUCUCGUCGUUGUGGCUUGCAUAAUAGCCGGUGUUUACUUCUAUAGAACCAAGAAACAGGGAAGCUUUCACCUGCAGACUAGUUUACUAUCAUUCAGCAACCCAUUAUAUGACGGGGAACCGAAUAGCGGUCUCAGUACAGGCCCAUUAUGAGAAGUGAUGAGUUGCAGUCACUGAUUUAAUGAUUAUAUACAAAGAGUCUGAUUCUCCG